AUGAUAAAGCUAUACGAAGGAAUGUCGUUCAUCCCAAAGAAUAUUGCAGGAUGUACCUUGAUUGAGAUAAUACACAAAAAUACAUUCUUCAUACUUCCAGGCGAUAUAUACCAUAUCCCUGUGGGACUUGAUCACCAGGAGAUCUUUACUAACAUCAUCAUCCACACAGGCACAUCAAGCAUUAUGACUGUGAACUAUAUCGAAACAUACAGCUCUAAUGAUCGCAUGGGCGUGCUGUCGUAUAGAGAAUUCGAAAAUGUUGAUGCCACGCAGCAAAGGAUUCUUGAAUCGCAGAUAUACGAGAUCUAUCCUCCAUUCAGGAUCAAAGAGUAUUUUGAUGGCGUGUUUGUUUGCAUCAAGUUAGAGUGCCUAGCCGAUAAAAGCACGUUUCCAGAAUACAUUGUAUUCGACGGAAUGCAUAAAAGACUGCAAAAUUGUGCAUCAGUGUACAAAGCAUAUGCAGACGAAUCAAAAAAUAUGUUCUCAAUAGUUGCAAAGGCAUUUAUAUACAGAUUUGUACCUAUGUCUGUGUGUGGCUACUUAUUUAGGUUCAAGAUAUGGAAGGAUAUUGAAACAAUCCAUUUUAUUGCAUAUCCUACUACUGAUAAUGAGUUGGAGAUAGAAUGUAUAGAUCAGCUUAAGCCAUCAAGAGAAGAAAUAAGCAUACAUAUAACAGAAUUCAACCUGAGUGGAGGAUUUAUACGUGUUAAUGGAUGCAGGAUCGGUGUUUGCCAUGAACUUGAUGGAAAUGUAAAGUAA